UCUCCUGGAAUUUCUUACUGCACAGACUAGAACUUCUAGGAGAGUAUCGUCGUAGACUCAGUGUUGGUGUCUUGCUAUUGCUUGAACCAGACUCACUAAACGUCUGGUGUUCGGCACAAUAUAAGCCAGUGGUUUCUGUGUAUAUAUCUUCCUCUGCCUGCGGGAUGCCACACUCUGUGAUAUGCUGAGCAUGGCAUUCCCAAUGCCUAACACUUCCAUGUGUAACACCUCAUGACCCAGUGACAUUCCAGGACGUGGCUGUAGAAUUCACCCAGGAGGAGUGGGAGCAUCUGGGCACCACUCAGAGGGCACUGUACCAAGAGGUCAUGCUGGAGAACUAUAGGAGCCUGGCUUCCCUGGUUAAGAGUGGCCCUGGGCCCACCAUCUGCACUGGCCUGGGGGGCAGCACCAGGCAGCACCCUGGGAAGGACAGGGGACACAGUUGUCAUCUGCUCAGGUUGUCUGCCUAGCUGAUGGGAAGAGGGGAGAUAUUAAGUAAUUUAAAUGAUAAGUGAUUUUUUAUAUUAAAUAAACAGAUAUAAUAGAUUAUAAUGACAAUAUGUAUGAUUUUAAAAGAUGCAACAGAGACUAGAAAGGGGUUUUGGACUCUCAGAGGCACAGUCUACUAACAAUCCUUGAAGGCCUGUUGUGCACCAACUCUGCCAAUAUGAGUUCGUGGAUGAGGAGUGUGUUCUCUCUUCUCUAUCCAGACCUGAGGCCUCUGAACCAUGGAGCCAUAUUUUGAUGUUCAGAGGACACAGACCCAGGGCAUUUCUACUGUGUAUCCUCUGCGUGGUAGGAAGCAAGAGGCUGAGGCUGCCCCCACUCCCACCCUGGCGUCACCCAUCUUUCAUGCUGCAAAGGUCCUGAAGACAGGGAAAAGGGGGCAGGGCCCUGGGCACACACUUGUCACUGGCCCCAACACCUGUGCAUCCUAUCUUUCUCGGGCAGGGUACCAGGAUUUCAAACCUGAUGUGAUCUCCCAGUUGGAGCAAGGCGAAUCGCCAUGGAUGCUGUGGAGGGACAUUCCUAGGGACCCCUCUCCAGGCCAAAAGACCAGAUAUAGAACUGCAGAGUCAAAUCUGAAGCAAGUAAUUUCUGAAGAAUUUUCCCAGGGCAUGAUAAUCAAUAAAAGUAAAAGAAAUAGAAUCUGUUACUCCACCAGAGAAGUCCCAGAAUUGCUUGGCUGUUUAGAAAGCCAUCCAGGGCAGAUGGCAUUUACCCAUAAGAAAAUCCUGACUCAGGAGACCAUUCGUGAAGAUAAUGGAUUUGAAUUUAGACAGCAAUCAAACUUUGUUAUUCAAAGUACAAUUCCUUCAGGGAAAGCAAUGUGUAAAGAUGACAGUUACAACAGUAUCUUUUCACAUAACCUAGAUCUAAGUAAUCAUCAGAGAAUCUACACAAGUGAAAAGCCAUACAAACGUGAUCAAUGUGGGAAAUACAUUAGCUGUGGUUUGGAUCUCGCUCAAAACCAGGGUAGUCAUAUUUUAUUAGAUAUCAGAAAUUUGGUGCUAGAGAAAAGCCCUUCAAAUGCAGAGAUUGUGAUAAAUCUUUUAGCAGGGGAACACACCUUAUACAACAUGAAAGAUGUCACACAGGAGAGCGACCAUGAGUGUAGUGUAUGUGGGAAGUUGUUCAGCUGGGACUCAUCUCUUAUUCUACAUCAGAGAACCCAUACUGGAGAAAAACGCUAUGAGUGUAGUGAAUGUGGAAAGGCUUUCAGCCAAAGUACAUGCCUCACACAACAUCAGAGGAUUCAUACAGGAGAGAAACCUUAUGAAUGCAAUCAGUGUGGGAAGGCCUUUAGCCAAAGUUCACAUCUAACUCUGCAUCAGAAAACUCAUACUGGGGAGAAACCCUAUGAGUGUAAUCAGUGUGGCAAAACCUUUAUUCAGAGCAUUCAACUUACUCUGCAUCUAAGAACUCAUUCUGGAGAGAAACCUUAUGAAUGUACCGAACGUGGUAACACCUAUAGUCAUAGCUAAUCCCUAAUGCAACACAAGAGGAUUCAUACUGGAGAAAAACCCUUUGAAUGUAAAGAAUGUGGAAAAGCCUUUACCCAGAGCAUUCAGCUUACUUUACAUCUGAGAACACAUACUGGAGAAAAACCCUAUGAAUGUACUGAAUGUGGCAAAGCCUAUAGUCAUAGGUCAUCCCUUAUUCAAAUAAGAGGAUCCAUACUGGAGAAAAACCCUUUGAAUGUAAUGAAUGCAGGAAAGCUUUCUGAUGGAACACACAUCUUACUCAACACCAGAGAAUUCAUACUGGAGAGAAACCCUAUAAAUGCAAAAAAUGUGACAAAUCUUUCAGCAGAAGUACACACCUUAAUCAACAUCAAAGAAUUCAUACUGAAGAGAAACCCUACAAGUGUAAUGAGUGUGGGAAAACCUUUGGUCAGAGUGCAUAUCUGACUCAACACCAGAGGAUGCAUACUGGGGAAAACCCCUAUCAAUGUAAGGAAUGUGGAAAGGCCUUCACUGUAAAUGCAUAUCUUGCUCAACAUCAAAGGAUUCAUAAGAGAAAGGAACCUUUAUUAUGUGCCAAUCACAAAGAAAUUCUGACUGGAGAGAAAUUCAGCAAAUGUUUUUAAUGUGGGAAAUAUUUCAGCAUAAACACAGGUGUUCCUCAACUUGAAUAUAUAUAUAUAUAUAUAUAUAUAUAUAUAUAUAUAUAUAUAUAUAUAUAUAUUUAUU